AUGUACUCAUGUGACAAAACUAUAAAACCAAGUAAAAAAAAUAGGACAAACAAAGUAAAGGUUGCAUACUCUCAGGUUUUUGCAUCUGAAUUAUUUUCCAAACAAUAUAAAUAUAUCAAAGAUAAUGUUACUCGUUUCAACUAUUCUUUGGAUCUCACUACAAAGUUCAACUUUACUCUUUGCUCUUCAUGUCACAGUUAUUUUCAAAGGCAGAGAAAAUCCAUUAUUACUAAAGACACUUCAAAUUCUUUAGAAAAUAAUAAAACAAAUGAUGAUUGUAUUAUCUUAGAUGAAUCUAAUGAUAAUACUAAGCAUGAAUUUGAAGUAGACGAAAAAUCUGAAACUGAGCAAAUUACUAUAUCAUUUAAUUUGGUCAUAAAACCUUUUGCUGACCCAUCAUUACCAUCAAAAUGGUUAGAAAUUGAGACUUCAUUAUUAGAUGAUAUACUUGCAGACAUUCACCAUUAUGUUGGAAAAUUAACCGGUGAUAGAGAAAUUAUGCAUUCUGAUUAUUCAGUAUCAUUUAAGCCAGAAAAAUCAGAAGGGGUUGGAGCACAAUUAGAAGACAUACAAGAUUAUAAAAAGUUCCUCUCAGAUUACAAAAAACUGGUAGAUAAAAAAAAGAACAUGUCAAUUAUAGUUUCUCUUAAAAAGAAAAGGCAAAAGAGAAAGGAAAUCUCAGAUUCUGAAGAAUCCGAAAAUCAAAUAAAUGAUCUUACAAAUGCAGAAUUUGACCAGUUAGGCGUAAAUAAAAUUGGGUGGCGAAAAACAUUUAGAGCUGCAGCAAAACGCUAUAAAUAA